AUGUCCACUAGUGCUGCACGGACCAAUAUCAUUGAGAAUGCUAAACCCCUCGCAGAGAGUAAUGCCACGGAACGGAUUUGUCACAUACAACGUUCGAACAACGAUACCGCUACAAGUUUUGCUAGAAAGGCGCAACAGUUCGGUUCAUAUUCCUCAUCCAAGACAGAUAUGCCCUUGUCUCUUGAUGUUAAAGGGAACAAUCAUAAUGGCAACAUCAACUACAAGGCUACUGCGUCUAAUGGUGUAACUCACGAACCCUCCGUAUUUUCGGUCCCUAAACGAUCGCUCUUCUCCAGUGUCCUGAAACGAUUUUCUAUCCAAAGGAGUAAAACGCCGGAAUCUGCUAGACGUGUUGAGACCGGCGCUGUAACCAUUGACCAAAAAAAGCACAUUUUUGACGAACAUUCCAAACCUCGCAGGUUUCGUCGGUGGUUGACCCAAAGAAUUCGGAAGCGUAAAUCUAAAGGUUAG